CAAAGAGUUCCACACGUCCAGGAAGUGGAGAUAAUUUCAUCAGCAGUGGGACAGGGGUUUCUGGAAGUGGCUAGACUGGCUUGAUUCGUUUGGAAGAAGCAAGAGUCUCUGUUAAGAAUAACGACUAAAAAAUUGGAGUGUCAAAAUGACCAGACGAAAACCUGGAAAACGAUGGAGAAAGACUGGUAAUGAAGAAGACCCAAAUAAACGACCAAGAAGGAUUGCACAAUUGUCAUCCCUACCUGAAGCCACCAAUGUUCAUGUGGAGACUGAUCAGCAAUAUUUAGGAUGUAGCACCUGGGGAACACGGCAGGAGGUUGGGGUGCCUCCUGGAGGAGCCCAGAACGAACAAGUCCAACCUCCGGUUGUACAUGCAGGAUCUACCCCACUCACUCUGGAACAUCAAACCUCUCACCACCUGCCAGCACAAGGGAGCAUGGCACAAGAGAGUAUGUCAACUGUUUACUCUUUUGAAGACUAUGAAGAAUCAUCUUCCAGAUCAGCCUUCAGAGAUCCCCCUGAUGGCCUAACAACUGAACUACAAGGCAGUGUUGAGUAUGAUCCAUCUCAAUCAUUUGAGGAAGCUCUCCCUGAUGUGGGGGUUUGGACGUAUGAUGAUGGACAUAUGUUCAGAGAGGGAUUUGAAGAGGAUUUGAGUGAGGAGUGUGCAGAAGAGUCAAAUUUCAAGGACACAACAGACAAGCCAUUAUAUGACAAUGCAUCAAUAACUGUGUCAGAGUGCCUUUUGAUCAUCAUGGCUUAUGUAAACUGUCAUAAAGUAACUGAUAAGGCCCUUAGUGAUUUGCUUAAAAUGCUCAAGUUGCUUUGUCCCGACAGUCUGAACACAAACUGCUUAAACAGUAUACAGAAGUUCAAAGACUUCUUUUUCUCCCGUUCUGCAUCAUCCCCUAUUGUAUUGCAUAAAUAUUGCAGUAAUUGUUUUGGGUCAUUAGAAAGUGCACAAUUGGAAUGUCUGUCUUGUGGAGCUACUAUGUCAGAAGAAAAAUCCUCAUCCUUCAUAGAGAUUCCAAUUGAGGCUCAAAUAAGAUCAUUGUUUCUCAAGCCAGGUUUUCAGAAGAAGCUUAACUUUAGAUUUAGCAGGAAGAAAACGGAUCCCAACAAUGUUGAAGAUAUAUAUGAUGCAGAAGUUUACAAACAGCUUGUAGAUGGGGGUGGUCCUCUUAGUGACCCUAAAAACAUCUCACUUACUUGGAACACAGAUGGGGUACCUAUUUUUAAAUCGUCAAAGUUUUCAGUGUGGCCCUUUUAUUGUGUCAUUAAUGAAUUGAACGUCAUGGAACGCACAAAAAGAGAGAAUAUGAUAUUUGCUGGACUUUGGUAUGGGGAUGCAAAACCAUCCAUGGUUACAUUUCUUAGACCACUAAGUGACACACUGAGUAAACUAGCAGACAACGGAAUUCUUGUGCAACCUGCAGGGUUGACAUCUGAACCUUUUCUGUGUAAAGUGCUCACCAUUGCUGGAACAUGUGACUUGCCUGCUAAGGCAUUAGUCCUUAAUUCAGUGCAAUACAAUGGUAAAUUUGGAUGUCAUAAAUGUGAGCAGCCAGGAGAGACUGUGAGGACGGGGGAAAGGGGACAUGUCCAUGCAUUUCCAUACCAACAUGGGGAUCCAAAAGGGCCACUGCGCACAAAUGAAAAGUUUGCUUUUGAUAUGAAAAUCGCAAAUGAGACCAAAACCACUGUUAAAGGGGUUAAGGGUCCCUGUUGGCUUAGCAAACUUAAGGGUUAUAACCUUAUCAAAGGCACUGGCAUAGAUUACAUGCACUCAGUCCUUCUUGGAGUAAUGCGUCUUUUGAUGGUUAUGUGGUUUUCUACAGAGUUUUCUCGUCAGCCCUUCAGCAUGGCAAAAAAUGCCCAAAAUAGUUUUCAUAUAUUGGGUAAAGUUGUUUUCCUUGACUUGGCAUCUAUGCCUGGCAUUGUGUUCGCAGCUCAUUUUCCAAAUACGCUUGAAAAGUUUUAACCCAUUAAGACCUGAACUAGUCUAAGAACCCACAAAUCGAUUUAUCAUUGGAAUAACAUGCUCCCAUCUGACCGCUUGCCGUGAAUGCUUUGUAGAAGUACAAGGCAUCUUUAGAAUUUAUCGUAAACCUAUAUUUGAUGCAACAAAGGGCCUGUAUAGUGUAUGGUGGCAAGAUGAACUGCCUUUACUGUAUUUUCAGGGUGAAUCACUUGAUUAUUUAAAAAGUGUGCACUAUUAUUUUAAGAGUGUAUUAUUAUGUCUAAGACUCUUUUGACGCUCCAUACACAAUAGAG